ACAUAAACAAAUUCACUAUGACUCUUCCAAAGCAUUUUAUAUAUUUCUGUUAAAAUUAAAUUAUCUAUCUGUAUAACGUCUAGGCAUAUAAAUUAUUGUGUGGAAAAGUAUUUCACAUUAAAGCCUAUUUCAUAUCUUAUCUUUGAUGACACAUAGUAUUUCCUGAUCAAACUUAUCAAUAAAAUGACAUAUGAAUGUAUUAGUGCGUUUGUAACAUAUAAAAGAUUUUCACUAAUAACAAAGGAAGGUACAAUGUAGACGCUUGGUUAUGAUGAAACCUACUGAAUACUUCAUUUUAAACCCGUUUCAACUGGUCUUUUUGGUACUACUGAUCGUGGGUACCCAUGGGGCGUACGAAGACUUCACCCAGGCCUGGUACUUCGGCUGCAGAUGGCUGGGAGGCAGUUCUGUCAGUUUGAUAUGUAAUUGUACCAAUGAAGCUGAAGAAAUGUACAUUCAACGAGGCUCAAUCACUAGCCCCGACAUAGGACUCAUCGAACUCAACAACUGCCCGAAAGUCCGUUUCGGCACCGACUCAAUCUCGUCACUCAACAAUCUACGCCACGUGAGGAUCAAGAACUGCGCCUCACUCACCUUGGAACCGAACAGCCUCACCUGGUACGGCUACCGCGACGCCAAUCCCAACCAGGAGGAACGUUUCGACGUUGGAGUACCCAGUCUCAGGGUCUCCAUCAAAAACACACGCGGUUUGAGCAUUGGAUCGCAAGCAUUUAGCGGGAGAAUCAACGAAAUCUUGUUUGACAGUGUUGAAGUUGAUAAAAUCGAUGCUUUCGCCUUCAGUAAUCUUCUCCAAAUGGAGAAUUUGAUAUUCCGAGAUGUAGUACUCAAAAACGUACUUCCUCAAGCUUUCAAAAAGUUCGGAACUGAAUUUUUAACGUUGGAUAGUGUAAACGCCGGGUACCUACCAAGCAGAACAUUCUCAGACAUCACAGUUUACAGGACUUUAACUAUAAAAGACUCAAAAUUCGAAACUGUACGCCCUAGCACAUUUAUCAUCCACAACCCCAGCUUAUUCACCGUGUCCAACACCCAAAUCGAACAGCUAGAAGGAGAAGCUUUCUGGAUAAACACCAAUGGAGACGCCAUCUUCAAAAACAACGUCUUCAAAACCGUCCAGGGCGGUGCCUUCAACGGAAUCCAGACUUCCGGAACAGGCAGAAUGAUCACUUUUGAAUCAAACACCUUCACAACUCUAGAAACACGAUCGCUGAAGGUUCAGCCAGGUUUUCAAGCUAGAGUGGUGAACCUGAACUUGAACCAAACAUGUGACUGUAACGAUAUAGUGAAUAAUUUAAGGGAUGCCAGUUUUUACAACGAGAUAUUUUGUCUGGACAGUGAAAACCAGUACGUUUCGGUUAGGGAGUAUAAAGUAGGGAGUUGCUCGAUAUUCACGGGGUAUUACACGAUGAUUAUAUCGAUUUGUGUAGUGAUUUUAGUGAUGGCUAUCGUGGCGGUGUCGUUUUAUAUGUACUAUCGUUUGGUGUACCUCAGCCAGAAGUACGGGUGUGAAAAGAACGGUAAAGCUCCGAUGAGUUUGAUAGUGCCUGACGGUAGAACUUACAAAGAGACCGAACUGCAUGUUGUAGUAGAACGGGCCGAUUUGCUCACAACGGAUUUAUAAAAAAAUGUUUUUAAUUAGACUACAUUUAAAUCAUACCAUUGGAUCUCUUUAGUCAGUAGAAUAUAUCAGACCUUUUCACAAGCAUUUUUUUAUUCACUUGAAUGUUUUAAGCAUAAAUUCAAGUUAUUUUUAAAUUAUUAGUUAUAAAUAAAAAAUUUUAUUUAUAAUUAUAGUUAUAGAAUUGUUUUACGAAAUUUAAUAAUUAAAAAUUCAACUUUUUGCAUUGUAUAACAAAGGCAACUAAAUUUUUUAAAAUUUAAAUCCCUUUUUUGGCUAAUUUAUCACUAAAUUCUUCUGCCUUUUCAGUAUUUUUAAUAGUGUAGUGUUUUAAUCGUAUUUUGUAGCAUGUUCACCAUUUUAUCCCAUGGUACCAUCGUCCUAAUUUGUUUUCUGUGAUCAUUAGAUUAAUUAGCUAUUAGUUUAAUCAACUAGAUACUAUAUUUAUGAAAUUACGUAAGAAAAUGUAUAAAAAAUAUUAAAUUCAAAUAUAUGCAUGUUUGUUUUAUUAAA